AUGAACGGACCCACCCCUCGCCACCGCUCUGCUCCUGAAAAAAAGCCAAAACCACCGUCCAUUAACGGCAAUUCUCCUAACAGCGUCGUCACAAAACACAAAGAUUAUUCAGAUAUGAAGAAGUCAUCAUCUUCCUCUGCUAAAAACUUUUGUUCUUGCCUUGUUAAUGCACAUUUCUUGAAAUGGAGGGCCAAUGAUAUAUGGGGUGUGGUUCGGCACCACCCCGUACCCUGCGUCUUCGCCGCCUCCUUGCUGUUUUUCAUGGCGGUUGAGUACACUCUCCGCAUGGUCCCGCCCACCUCGCCGCCGUUUGAUCUCGGGUUUAUCGCCACCACAAAUCUCCACCGGUUACUCGAAUCUCGACCCACUCUCAACACGAUUCUUGCUGGACUCAAUACGGUUUUCGUAGGAAUGCAAACGACGUACAUACUAUGGACGUGGCUAAUGGAGGGUCGACCGAGGGCGACGAUCUCAGCUUUGUUCAUGUUCACAUGUAGGGGAAUACUUGGAUAUGUCACUCAGCUACCAUUGCCCGAGGGAUUCUUGGGUUCGGGAGCAGAUUUUCCGGUUGGAAAUGUUUCAUUUUUCUUGUUUUAUUCGGGACAUGUGGCUGCAUCGAUUAUUGCAUCUUUGGAUAUGAAACGAAUGAAAAGAUGGGAAUUGUCUUAUACAUUUGACAUUCUAAAUGUUUUACAAGUGAUAAGAUUGUUGAGUACUCGGGGUCACUACACGAUCGACCUGGCUGUUGGCAUUGGUGCUGGAAUACUAUUUGAUUCUCUGGCCGGAAAGUACGAAGAUAGCAAGAAAAGAGAAGCGUCGUUAGUCUCUAGUGCCACCAACUAUGGUUCUUACUACAACUCUCAGAAAGAACGAAAUGGAGAGUUGGUGGGUUAG